CUUCUUCUCCUUUUCACUGCCUCUUUCGUGUCCAGCCGACUCCCCUCCCGCGGGCGACCCCAGCAAUCUCCCCUGGUCCUGUCCCUUCGCCAGCUCCUCCGCGCUUGUCACCCGCACAUCCUGUGGUCUCUGCUUCGCCAAAAAGCCCAAGGCAUCGCAACCGUCUGUGGUCCCCAGCUGAUCAGACCUAAUUCGCAAUCCCGCACCCAUCACCACUGGUGUCGUCGCCGCUCCGCUCGCUGAAGUUAUCCUUGUCUGUGUGUGUCUGCCUCGGGUCUGUAUAUCGGGGGUGGUCGCGAGGAGAUGAGUUGGGACAGGCUCCGCUGGGAGAUUGUGAAGUUGUUUUGGUUGCAGUGGGUGAUAUGUAGGCUCGAAGCUCUGGUGUCGGGGUUUUGAGGGGCGUGGGGUGGGGUGAGUUUCCGUGGCGUGUGUGUAGAUGGAUAGUGUAGGAUUGGAUGCAUUGAGGUGUAGUUAGUUGUUGGGUGCACAUUUUGGCUAGAUUGGUGAUGCACAUACCUCCACUGAGCGGGUGUGAUUUGUUACUUGACUGUGUGUGCUCUUGAACGAGAGCCAGGGGUGGAAUUUGUGCCUUAACUAUCUCAGUUACCGUGCCAGAAAUACUGGAGUUCUGGUCAGGGAAGGUCUGAAGGAUUCGUUGAAGGCAAUACCAGCAGCAGGAUUUGAACAUCUGGCAAGUCCGCAAAUGUGAGCUUCCGUUACUUCUACACCUCUAGAAAUGAUACAGGAGGGGGCGGGAGCAAUGGGAAGUGUGGGGUGAAGGGUCCUCCCGGCGGGUUGAGGAGGACGAGUUCGCUGCAGCCAUCGUGCGCGAUGAGCAAGGAGAACUCGAUGUCGUCCCCGGCGGAGAGCCAGGACGCAUCGCAGCAUGGCGGCGAGGGUGGUGGGUUGACGGCAUUCCGGAGACCGGGAAGCAGUUCGUGGAUGCAUCACAAUUGGGAAGGCAGUCCUGGGAUGGGAGGCGCGGGCGCGGCGAAGGCCAAGGUAGAGUCGAUGCACGGAGUGGGAGGUGGGGACGGGAGGACGGAGUCGGGCGAGCAGGCGUCGGAAAGCCGGCGUGGUGUGGAGAAGGCGAGGGACAGGGGUGCAAAAGAGAGCAGCAGCGGGAGCGGAAUGCACAUGGAGGCGGUGAACGAGAAUCGGAAGGGUGGGUGUGGGUCGCCGGGUGUGGUUCCGAUGGAGAAGAUGGACGUGGAUGCGAGCGGUGAGGGGAGGCAUGCAGGAAGCGCGAGCAGGCAGGAGAUGGAUCCUGCAGCAAGGGCGAUGGGCAACGGGCAGAUGGAUCCGGGAUGGAUUCAGAGGACGAUGGGGGUGCAGAUGAGCGGUUAUCAGUUGGCAGCGAUGAUGGAGAGCAAACGGGAGAAUGCAGCGAAGAUGAUGUCGAGCUUUGGGGGGAUGGCGAGAAGAGGCGACGGAGGGGCAGACAGGGCGGGUGGGGGUGCGGGUGCGGGUGCGAGUGGGUCGGGAGAGGCGGAGAGGAGUGCGAAGAAGAGCCGGGGAUCGAACCAGACGAGCUCCGGUGGGACGGAGAGCUCGGACGGGAAGGACGAGAAGACGAACAAUGGGGCGAGGAUGGAGCAGGGUGAUGCCGAAGCGCUGUCGAGCCCGGCGGGGGCGAACGGGGCCGUGGAGAGUCGAAGCAAUCCGGCGAACGGCGUGAUGGGGCCGGAUCGCAGUGCGAUGGCAAUGAUGAGCAUGCCGUUCCCAGCGGGCGGAGGAUUUCCAAUGAUGCCAGGGCCAUUUCCGUUUCCGAUGCCGGUGGCGAGCGGAGGUGGUGCGGGCGGAGUGCCGUUCAGCAUGCCGUUCCCGUUUCCGUACGUGAUGCAGUUCGGGGCGGUUCCAGCAAACCCAGGGGACGGGAACCAAGAGCAACGAGCGCACGGUGUGAUGGCGAGUCCGUUUCAGGUGGCAUUGCCUCCUGGGUAUCCAGCGUUUCAGAUCCAGACGGCGGAAGGGGGCGCAGGAUGGGCGGGUGCGGUGGUGCGGCCGCACGUCAGUCCCCCCGAAUCUCCACCUCGGAGCGGAGCAGGGAAGAGUGGGCAGGCGGGAUCGGUGCGGGAGGACGAGAGACGCGGCGGUCGAGGUGCUGGCAAAGGCAACGAACACGGUCGCAGUCGAAACGCUUCGCCAGGUGGGGAGUGUGAUCCACAGGGGUUGGUGAAGGCGAGCUCGAUGGGCAGUGGGGCGUUCAACAGGCUGCGCACGAGCGCGGGUGCGAGUUCGUCGCCGCUGGGACCUCAGUCGGCGAUGUCUCGGUCAAAGUCGGAUGCGGUGGGAUUGAGAAGGGAGGGGAUGGUGGGGAGUGCAUUUGCAAGCCUGGGGGCGGAGUCGCACGCAGGCGGGAGCGGCGGACAGGGCAGCGGGCAGGGCAUGCAAAGUGGUGGGUCGAAAGGGGGUUCAGGAGUUGGGACCCCGGGUCGCGGCGAGGGUGGCGGAUGUCGGGGAGCGGCGGGCGCAGGGGACGAGGGUGGCGGGUGUGGCGCGGGGUCGGGUAGUGCAGAGCAGGCGGAGGGGGCUGCGGUGGAGAGUGCGUCCGCAGGCGACGAGGAUGUGAAGCGACCGCAGUCGAGCGGGGUGUGGAGGCAGGGGUCGUCGGCGAGCUUGGAGGGGGUGGGGGGGCACGAGGCGUCGAGUCUGCGGCCGGGGAUCGCCGCGGGGCAACAGUUCGGGGGCACGGGGUCCCCGCCAGACCUGCCGUGGGUGACGUGCAACGGGACGAUAUCGGGCGUGCUGUACAGAGUGGAGAAGGGGCAAGUGCGGAUCGUGUGCGCUUGCCACGGGCGGCACAUGACGCCUGCGGAGUUCGUGCAGCAUGCGGGAUGCGGGGAGAUACAGAACCCGGAGAAGGCCAUCGUGGUGGCGCCGACGGUGCUGUCACAACAGGCGGCCUCAGCGCAGGCGUAGGGUGUAGGCGGGGGCGGGGGCGGGGGCGGGGGGAGGAGGGGCUGGAGUCGUGGAUUUGCGAGGAGGAGGGUGGCAGAGCGGAUUUGUCUGUAUAGUAUCUGACAGGCCUCGGAGGGAGGAGUGGGGAGGUGGAAUGAGGACCCUGGAGCGGGGCAGCGGGCUCGCAGGGCACGUCUCCCUGGUUUGUGAGGAGCUGAGCUGAGCUGAGCUGAGCUGAGUGUAGAUAGUUGUCUGCCCGGGACGUAGCGAAAGGUAGGAAAGGACGGUUGGCGCAGUGCAGGAUGUAUAAUAGCCGGCAAGUCUGUGAGUUGGGGUGGUGCGGGUCGCGGGGUGGGCAUGUGCUGUGCUGGCGUUGUACCCCUUGAAGGGAGGAGCGUGCGCAUCGUUUGGUGACAAGCAAGUGCUGGUGCGAAGGAUGAGUGGGUGAUGGGGCGGUGGUUUGGGGGGACGACAGAGGCAGUAACAUUCAUGUCCAAGAGCCGGAAGAGGGAGUUUUGCAGCAGAGUGGGGAGGUGGCGAGACAGAGGCGGGGAAGGUGGAUGGAGGCGUGCGACGUGGGAGUGGAGGUGAUGGUGGAGCGUGGUGGGGAUGGAUGUGUGUAAUGUGGCGUGUCUGUUCCGGCGGUGAUCGCUGUGGUCAGGCGAUGCAUGCAUGCAUGCACUUAUGUUGUCGUGAGUGUGGUGUCGGUGACGGUGUCGGAAGGUUUUCAUGCAGGAUUGUAUGGAGCUGGUCCUCCUCUUUUUUAUUUAUAUAUUUUUGGCUUGGAGCACGUCUGGACUAAUGUUUUUUGAUAAAGUGUGGGAUUUGUGGA